AAAAAUAAAAAGAGUAUUUAAAUUUUCAUUAUUCAACUUUGUUGUGUCACACCUCGUCAUCAGACCCGAAGGGGAUUAAAGGUGCAUUGAGUCAACCCUGUCGACGUCACGCGUAGUAGUACGUUACAAACCGCCGAACACGCUUGGUCGGACCUCGCCAAUUCGCCUAACCUCAUUUUUGUCUCUCCUCAAAGUCCAACCUCGUUUUCUUUUCUUUUUUUUACCCUCGUAUACAGCAGGAGUAUUCUCAUUUUAUGUUUUACUUUUCCUUCGCUACGCCUCCGCACUUUCUGGUAGUUUCAACAGGUUUCUCCGACGUUGAAUCCGAGCUCGGUGACGCCGAAGGUGAUUCCAACGACGCACCAGAAGAACACCAUCACAUAUUUGUGGGUGACCUGAGCCCGGAAAUAGAAACACAUACUUUGCGAGAGGCGUUCGCAGCAUUUGGGGAGAUUUCGGAUUGCAGAGUCGUCAGGGACCUCCAGACGUCCAAAUCGAAAGGAUAUGGUUUUGUUUCAUUCGUCAAAAAAGCUGAGGCUGAGAGUGCGAUAGCAGCUAUGAACGGACAGUGGCUUGGAAGUAGAAGUAUUCGUACAAAUUGGGCGACGCGUAAACCGCCUAUACCGAAAUCUGACGCUAACGCAAAGCCACUUACGUUCGAUGAAGUAUACAACCAGUCCAGCCCGACAAAUUGCACGGUCUACUGCGGCGGACUAACGAACGGCUUGACUGAGGAAUUGGUCCAAAAGACCUUCAGCCCCUAUGGCACCAUCCAGGAAAUCCGUGUUUUCAAAGAUAAAGGAUACGCUUUCAUAAGGUUUUCUACUAAGGAGUCAGCAACGCACGCAAUUGUGGCCGUCCACAACACAGACAUCAACGGUCAACCUGUCAAAUGCUCGUGGGGGAAAGAGUCGGGCGAUCCGAACAACGGCCAGCAGGCGGGACAGGCGUUGACAAGCGGUCAGUUUCCUUAUGCCUACGGCCAGCAGUUAGGCUACUGGUAUCCUCAGUCGUAUCCUGCGGCGGCAGCAACAGCGCAGAUGCAAGGCCAGUUUCUCCAAGGGAUGCAAGGCUACACAUACGGCAACUAUGGCUAUCAGCAGGGCUACAUGAGCCGGAUGGGCAUGCAGUUGCCCGGCGCAGCGUGGGCAACUCAACCUCAACUCCCGGCUCAACAAAUAGCAUCUGCAGCAGCUCUUCAGCAGCCGACACCCGCCGGAAUGGUCGCGGCGUACCCCGCGAUACAGCAAUUCCAGGUACCCUCCGCACACCAUCUUCCCACAACCUGCAUGCCUGCUUCAUUAGUCAAUUAGCCUGAGAUGAGUUUUACGUUCAUUAUCAUUCUUUUGUUGGUUUUAUUUUUAUUUAUUGUUCGUUUCUCGAAUUACAUAUUAAUUUCCUUUGCACUUUGCUUCAUCGUCCUACGACUUCCCAUAUCGGCCCAUUCAGAAUUGCGGACUAUCCUGGAGAAAGUUUUUUUGUUUAUUUAUACUUAAUUUAAAAGAAAACAUUGGCUGGUUGUUAAAACAUUCGAACCAGACAACGUUAAGCGUAUGACAGGGAAAAAUUAGAUUUUUAUUUAUAACCUCUUACCCACCUUUUCCACAUCAGUUACUUCUUUCUUUUUCUUUCUAUUUCAAUCCAUACCUGAUAGAAAUUAAAAAAAACACAAUGGCUGUUUCUAAUUUUAUUCCUUUUAUAUUUUAUUUUUAUUUUGGUUCAAAGUCCAAACCGUUUUCUACGCAAACAAGACUAGCACAUUAAGCACAGUAUGCUGUUAAACCCACGUUAUCGAUUUUUUUUCGUUACAUUUUAUAUUUUAUUUUUCAUUAUUUCAUUUCUUAUGUUUUUAAAGGUCGGCCCACAGGAGUAUGGCUUCUAUUAGAAUUACAAGAAAAUAAACAAAACAUAGUUCAAAAGAAUGAGCACAUUUCGGUACGAAUAUUACAAAAAUGAGUAUAAAUUUUUCGGUUUCUUUUUACUUUCGGGCACGAAGCUUUGAAUUGCAUUGCUGUAAAAAGUUGAAUAUUUUUAAUGCAAUCGUGCCGGAAUGUGCGAUUAUUGCCCAAGCCGGUCAUUAAUAUUGAAAUGUCUGUUUUCCACAGCAGCUAGCCGAAGAAGAAUGGCUUGCGCCCAGUCUCCUAGUUUGAUGGUAAUGCAUCAAGAGAGGGCACACCCAUCGCCGAUCCAAGGCGAAUUUUUAAAAAAACUUAUAAAAAACUAUAAAAAAAGUAAAAAAUCAAAAAAUGGAAAAAGAGAUUUGUAAUUAAAAUAUUUUCGCGUACACCCAUCCUGGACAGACUGACACAGAACAUACACACAGGUCUUCUAACGGGUACAUCUUUGAUUUUGUCCUAGAAAGUUACUUUCCCUGUCAUGCGUAGUUUGUCAAUUUAAUCAAAGAGGAGUGAAACCUUAUUCCUUUUCCCUUUGAAAGACAUUAAACUUUUUGUUUUGUUUUUAUUAUUUGUUUUAUUUGUGUUUUACACAUUUUAUUUACUUUUUGUUUUGUUUUGCCAUAAAGGCUCUAAUGAUGGGCACCGGCUAAAGCAGAAGGGAAGCGAAGGAAAGAGAAUAAAGGGACCCCAAUCUCAUCCUAGUCGCCGCGGACAAAAAAAUAAAAUUAAUUUGAAAUAAAUUUAAAAAAGCGAAUAGAUAUGAACAAAUUGGAAAUAUUGUGAAACAGUAUUAAUACAGACUUUGUUCAGUGUGUGUAUGUGAGCGUUGUUGGUUGUGGUGUGUGUACGAGGGGAUAUAUCAAAUUUUUGUACAUGUUGACUAAUGUUAAAAUGAAAAAAAAAAUUAUGUUUGUUUUGUGUUCUAGGGCCAAAAAUUCUCCCCUCUUCCCAGUCAUUGAAUGUACAAAGUCCUCAGCCUCCCCUCAAUAAUUUGCCCAACAAGACGUGUUAAAAACUGAUGUAUUCAAGGGGAGAAAAUUGUGUCCUUGGAGCAUAUUAUUUAUAAAAUUAAAAAAAUGGGGUGUAUAUAUAUAUGUGCGUUCAUGUAUAUCCCGUAAUUUAUUUACCCUGGUGAUAUAUUUAACAAAACGACGAUGAAUAUAAAUAUAUAUAAAUAUAUAAAUAGGUCAAAAAACAACCAGUAGUGUUGCAAGAGGUAUAGUGUUUUGUAGUAUCUAGAUGUAUGUAGUGUUAACAUAAGAUGGUGUAUGUGUGUGUAUAUAUUUAUAAACGUAUAAAUGCCAUAUAUUUAUACAUAUAUAAACACAUAUAAAUGAAACAAGUGAAAUAGAGUUAGGAGCGAAGUAUAUCAAAUAAAUAAAAAGAAUAGUCAUUUUUUAAAGAGACAAAAAGAAAUAAGCUUAGUGGUUGGUUACCGCGCACGUAAGAGCGUAGACUCGGCUUUCGGGGAAAUCAGUCAAUUUUAUCAAUCGGGUGGGGAAAAAGGGAGGGUUUUAAAACGGGAAAACGAUGACAUCAGUUUGUAAAUAAUUAGAAACUUGUUUACCGUUGGGGUUUUAUUUGUCACAUUUAAAUUCUGCUGUUUUUCAAAAGCCGUUUAUAGCCGGGGGGAAAAUUUUUUUAAUAACAAUAAUACCACUUUUUGGUACUGUGAAACGAAAUGAAAAUUUAUUGAAAAACAAAUCGUAGUAGUGACUUUUUCUACCGGGGGUCGAUUUUUCUAGAGAUUUAGUAACAAAAAUAGGUGGGAUUUAACUGUAAAUAGUUUGGUUUUAGUACUGAGGCGGCCGAAGAUCGCAAAAAUGUUUUUUUAUUUCGAAUGAUGGGAGAUAAUCCGUUUGUUUUGGUCAAACCAACCUUAAGAAAAGAAAUAAUUGUAGAUAUAUAUAUAAAGUUAUUUAUAUAUUUUUAUUUAUUUGUCAAGUUUUUCUAAAUGGAAUGAAAAAUAAACAAUGGUGAAAAAUGAAGCCCGAUCACAUGAUUUAUUAUGUUUUAUUUUGAAACCAAUGGAUAAACGCAAGAUUUAUAUAUAUAUACGUAAUUUAUGAAUAAAAGAAAAAUAUAGGUGGACCGUAUUUGUAGAGGAUGCACUUAUAGAAACAAAUGCACAAAUUGAAAAACCCCUUUUUUCAUUCCUUCUGUGAACCUCUGACCCGUUCUUGUUGUUUAGUAUGUUGUAAGAAAGGGCCUGACUGUCCAUGCGGCGUUUCCUUUUGUAAAUUUCUUUUGGUAAUGCGAAAAACAAGAAAGAGAAGGUUAUUAUUGUGAAACGAAGAGUUUUAUAUAUAUAUAAAACAAAUGUGUAAUGUGUUUAAUUAACCCUCAGGUUGCUGACAUGAGAAUAUGAUGAACUUAAAACAAACAUGUUACAUGUGAAAGGCUUAAAUCCUGAAAAGCCGUAGUGAAACACUGUAUAGUUUAUUAAAACACAAAAUAUGUUUUAUACAAGGCUUUGGCAGAAAUUAUAAUAUAAGGUGAAACACUUUUAAAAAAAUUAAAAAAACAUGUUAUAAAUAUAAAUAUAUUUAUUGGCAAAUAACUGGCCGACAAGGAUUGUAUGUACGGAUUAAUAACAGGAAUGUGUAUAUAAUAAAGGAAAACAAAAAAAUAA